AGCAUGCCUAAACCGAUGAGGUUGCCAUUGUACUUAAAAAUUCAAUAGAAUCAUUACAACAUAAUCAAGCUUUUCCAUAUUAAAAUAAACAGUAGCACGGUUUCAUGGGAUUUGAAGUAAUUUAUAAUGUAUAGACUGUCUAAUAUCGUUGCACUUUUUGGUUAUGAAGACAAGUUCAUACUUGUAAGACAAACUCAUUUCCCUGAUUGGGUUUUCGCCCCAGAGUACACUUUAUGUUUUUUUUCUACUACUUGAAAGGUUAUGAUGAAUACCAUGAGAGGUUUCCGUGAACAGAGGAUCCAAAUAAAGUAUCUACGGCGAGUGCCGAAUGCAUUUCACAAUAAUCAAUAGCAACUUGUUCACUGUAGUGGGUUUUAAAGAAGUUUACUGCGAAUCGUUUGGUAGGUAUACCAGCAUCAAUAAAGCUAGUGAUGGCAGCUAUUUUAGAGCUAAGUGCGAUGCUUCUUUACAUUAUUAACUAUCUUACUACACUGAUAUGACAAAAGCAAAACGACGGUCUCAGCAAGAUCAAGUCGUUGCUUCUAUUUUCAUUUCUAAUGCUUUCUAUUAAGCUCAACGAAUUUGAACUACCGCUUUUUCAAAUAUCUGAGAACGCUUUUUCUUUGUUUACAUUACAAUAAUAUGAUAUUGUAUUAGAUUUAUGAGGUUUCUUUCAACGCGUUAUUUAUUAAGACACGCCUGUUCGUACUAUGCGCUUUUUGAAACGAACAACCGUAAGGAUCCUCUAGAGAAGGAAGCUUUAUUUGAUUUAAAUUACACAUUUACCAAAAUGCCUGCCGUUCAAACUCCAGCCCAGCGUCGCGCAAACGCUCAAUUUCAGAAGAAUGUCACUCGUCGGGUAAAAACAAAUUCAAAAGAAAAUGGAGCUGCUAAGCAUCCUCCCAGCAAGAUUCCUCGUAAUAUAGCGCUUUUCUUUUUGAUUGUUAUGUGCGGUGGUGCCAUCUUGACGUUCUUACGCUUCUUUAUUUAAGAACUAGAUAUUUUACGUUUGUUUUAUGCAUACAUCGUACGCUUUCUUUGGGUAAUGAAAUAGAUCCUAUACGUUUCUUCUUGGUCUUUAAACGUAAACGCGUUAAUUUCCUUUGAAAUCUACAUGAAUUUGCCUUUGCAACAAGAGAAAACUUUCUCCCGCUGGUCCCCAAACUGUGUACUGGUUCUCUGUUGGAAAAAGGUAACGGUAGCGAUUGUCUUAUUUUGUUGAAUUUAUCAUCGACUGAGUACAUAUUACUUUUCCUCCGAAACUUGCCAAACCCUUUCACAGCGGUGAUAUCAAACUAAGCCUAUCAUGCAACCAAAACAAUAACAAGAAAAAAAAGAUCCUAUUAGUAUACUAUUAAUCAUGCCAUGAUUCAGUAAAAAAAAAAACAAC